CCCUGGGCGACUGUCUCUAGAGCCAAAAGACAGGCAGAGAGAGGGGAGCCCUGACGGCACAGAGAAGUGGAGAGAAAAAAGCAGACAUGGCCAUCCCAGAGAAAAACUUGCCAGGCACCAGACUUGCCUCCCGCUCAGCUUGUUCUCCCCUGCCUUAGUGGGGCAAAUCUCGUUUCCUCUUCCAGAGAGGCAGGAUCACCUCCUGUCCUCUGCUGCACAGAGAUCUAGAAAAGGACAGUGCCGUCUUCCACAUGUGGGACUUCUUGCAGGAAGCAUAUCAGGUUUGUACAGCCUUCUAGGGCAGUUUUGGAAGUCACAAGGCUUUGGAGGCCACCCUCUCAGCCAUGAAUUUUGGUUUCACCCAGGAGCAAGUGGCAUGCGUGUGUGAGGUUCUGCAGCAAGGGGGCAACAUUGAGCGCUUGGGCCGUUUCCUCUGGUCGCUGCCGGCCUGUGACCACCUGCACAAGAACGAGAGCGUCUUGAAGGCCAAAGCAGUGGUGGCCUUUCAUCGGGGAAACUUCCGGGAGCUCUACAAGAUCUUAGAGAGCUACCAAUUCUCACCACACAACCACCCCAAGCUGCAGCAACUGUGGCUCAAGGCCCACUACAUUGAAGCAGAGAAGUUGCGUGGGAGGCCACUGGGGGCCGUGGGAAAAUACAGGGUGCGGCGCAAAUUCCCCUUGCCUCGGACCAUCUGGGAUGGAGAGGAAACCAGCUACUGUUUCAAGGAGAAAUCUCGGAGCGUCUUACGGGAGUGGUACAUUCACAACCCCUACCCAUCCCCUCGUGAGAAGAGGGAACUGGCAGAAGCCACAGGGCUGACCACCACCCAGGUCAGCAACUGGUUCAAGAACCGGCGCCAGAGGGACCGUGCGGCCGAAACCAAGGAGAGGGAGAACAGCGAGGGUGGUCCACUGAAGGAAGGAAGGGGCCUUGCACGUGAAAGACAUGUUAUCUCCAGCUCAGAUGAUGAGAGCUCUCCCAUGGACAGCCCUGCAGCUCAUACAUCCAGCCCCUCACUGCUUUACCCUGGGUUGCCGCUCUCAGCUCCGCCAGGAAACGCCAUUCACAAUGCCCAAAGGGUGGAUUUUCUGCAGCACCAGCCACUCCACAACAGUCUCCUGGGGCCCCUCACUUCUACUCUUGUAGAUCUGGGGUCCUGAAACAGAACAGUGGAACACCCACCUCAUUCCUAAAAUAUUGCUUUGUCUUGCUACUCUUUCCAUACUUCUAAACACUCUCCUGUCCAUUCACCGCUUGAACUCACACUGCCAAUUACAAAGUAUCUCUUCCUGACCUAUGGAGGGAGCAGUUAUGAGAGGAUGAGGCUUAUAGGCAUCCACAUUGCCAUGGUGUUGCCCCACAAUCCAAAAUUCAUAUUUGUGACGUAGAAACUGUGCUAGAAUCCUGGUAGAUCUCUACUUUUUUGCAUUUUUACAAAAAAGUAAAAUAAUUUGUUAUGGAAAAGAGCACUUUUUUCUGCUAAAACCAGAAACCACUUUGGUGGGAUGAGGGGGUGUCAGCAGAUAGGAUUUCUACUCACAUACAUUCCCCCAUCCCACAUUCUGCCAAAACUCCCAAAUCCUGCUUCCGCUAUCCACUGGUUAAUAAUGAUGGCCAAGCCUUCCUAUCUCAUACAAGAGCAGCAUGAAAUGCACCUGGUGGCAAAGCGAGGGCAGGUCUGUCCCCGUGGAACCAAACAAAAGUAGUCACCAGCGCGGCAAAAUCAGGAGUUUAAAGCAGAGUACAUGUGUAUGCAGCAGCAGCAGCAGCUUAAGUUGGAAAGCAGCCGAGCAUCCAAUUAAGGUUAAUUAGGACUUUAGCUUAGACAGCUGAGCACAUGCAAACACCUACCCUUUGGAGAGAGCAAGAGCAAUUAAAGUGCCUUACAAAGGUUCCAAGAACCUGAAUGACUUUGACAGAGGACUUUAAUGAAGCACUUGAUAGUUUUGUGGGCAUUAGUAUGAGGAGUGGUGGUCUGCUCUAUCCUAAAAUAUACUUACAGCCAUUCUAGGAGGCAAAACGUUAAGAGAUGGUGACUCUUUUGUAGGAAGUUUCAGCAACAACAAAUUAAUGAAUCUGGGAGAUAACUCUGGAAUGUGCUUCUUGGAGAGUGUGGGGUGGCAUCAAGGCUAAUUUUGGUUCCUUGCCUCU